GUCACACCAAGAGCUUUCGCCUUCUUCUUUCUCCUUCCCUCCCUCCCUCUCAUCCUCCAGCAAUCAUGGCUGCUACUGGUGCAGGAAGGCACUACGUUGCACGUUUCGUGGAUUCAGAACUGACCAAAUGCACUCUCUCUUACUCCCAGCAUUCUUCUUGCAGGCAGUCCAUCCAAGUUUUUCACAACAAAUUUCAGGUUUGUACACUAUCCAUGAAUGGGUGCCAGGGUGACCCCAAACUCCCUGUAGGCACCAUUGAAACACGUACACUAGCAGCAGUUCCAUCUCCUGCAUUGGCCAUGGACAGGCUGAAUCUCGCCAUUGGAGAUUUGAAAUACAGCCCACCACCCUUCAGCUCUGGCAUAAUUCGGCUCCAGGUACCAAUCCAGCAGCGAAUUGAAGCUAUCGAGUGGCUCCAUGCUCAAAACCAGAUUCUUCCUCGUUGUUUCUUCUCUGGUAGAAGAAGUAGAGCCAACGGUGCCAAUCUCUUGGUAGACAUGACCAAUGGAAAUGGCCACAACUCCUUCGGACAGAAUCUGCUCAGCGUCGCUGGUGUUGGCUCCGCCGUCUUCUUUCGACAACUUCAUCCCUUCUCUUAUGAUGAUUGGAGGUCCAUUACCAGGUAAAUUAUUUUUAUUUAACUUAUAAUGAAAUUGUCGAUUUGAAUCGCUACUAAGUACUCGAAUUAAUUAAGUUCCCGUCCAUCAUUUGCACUUUCGACUA